AUGACCAUCCAGACUGCCCACGUCCGCAUCGUGGAAGUCGGGCCCCGGGACGGCUUGCAAAAUAUCUGUGACCAGGUCCCCACGUCUACCAAGGUGGAACUCAUCAGGCGCUUGCGGGAAACAGGACUGCGCACAAUCGAGCUUACAUCCGUUGUCUCGCCGCGCGCAAUUCCACAGUUGGCGGAUUGUCGCGAAGUAAUGGACCACGCUUUGGUAAAGACACUGCUUCAGAAUGAGACUGGAGGUCUGCGGUUUCCGGUGUUAGUGCCUAAUGUGAAGGGCCUGGACAUUGCAAUGAAAUGCGGGGUGAAGGAGAUUGCUGUAUUUAUUAGUGCGACGGAAGGGUUUAGUAAGGCGAAUAUCAAUUGCUCGGUGGAGGAUGGGAUUGCCAGAGCCAGCGACGUGGCUGGGUUGGCGACGAAGGCAGGUGUUGCUGUCCGAGGCUAUGUUUCUUGUAUCUUCGCGGACCCGUACGAUGGUCCCACCCCGGAGGGUGCGGUCCUGCACUGCACCAGAUCGCUGCUGGACGCGGGCUGCUACGAGGUCAGCCUGGGCGACACAACGGGCAUCGGCUCGCCCUCAAACGUGCACAGCCUCAUCAAGUACCUGAUCAGCAACGGUAUCCCUCUCGAAAAGCUGGCCGGCCACUUCCACGACACCUAUGGCCAAGCCGUCGCCAAUGUCUGGGAAGCGUAUACUUGCGGAAUGCGAGUAUUUGAUAGCAGUGUUGGUGGGCUGGGCGGAUGCCCCUUCGCACCAGGCGCAAAAGGAAACGUUGCCUCGGAGGACCUGGUAUACAUGUUUCACAAUGCAGGCAUACACACGGGCGUCGAUCUGCCCAAGCUCGUCGAAGUGGGCGACUGGAUAUCGCGAACGCUGUCCAUGACCAAUUCCAGCCGCGCCGGCACAGCACUAUCCGUAAAAGACAACCUUGCCAACUCGCCAUCCACCCCUGCCAAGCCUCCCAGACAAGUUUCCCGACAAUGGACUGUCCUCGCCCAGCCACAAGGCCUCCAACUACACCGCGGCGGGACAAACCUCAAGAUCACCCGCAACCGCCCCAAAGGGGACGAUCGUCGCGCUGAACGGGCCCGCGUGCGGCGGCGUGGGGCUGGCGUUUGCGUGCGAUAUUCGAGCUUGCGUGCGCGGCGCAGGGUGCGCUCUGAACGAGAUUAA